AUGCUUUUCGUCCUUCCAGUGCUCGCCAUCCUCGGCGCUGCCUACGCCGACGAGACGACAUGCGAAACUACGGUUGUCACAACAAGCACCAUCUCAUUCACUACUACUGUGACCCUUGAGAGUGCUGCUGGCGCGACUACUGCGCCGCCAGCGCCUCCAACCUACCCCACCUCUCAGCCACCAGCAGGCGGCACCGCUCCGGCUCCAUCGGUCACUGAUUGCUCGCUCGCCACGGGAACCACAUCCGUGGAAGGCGCUGAGACUGCAUCCGCAUACGCCCACUGCUCGUGCGGCACUCUUGUCAUCGGCAUCGAAACUACCACUGGCGCCGACGGCAUUGUCACUUCGACCUGCGCUGCACCCCCAUACCCAGUCGUCGGCACUUCCUCUCCAGGCGCGACCACCGCCGACCCGGUCGGCACUUCUACGACCAGCGGCACUGCUCCAGGCGACACCUCCGCCGGCACCACUACUCAGCCCACCGAUUCGUCUUCGGGUCCCACUAGCUCUGGUUCGGCCACUGAGUCCUCCCCAGAGCAGCAAACUGGCAGUGACGCUGGCAAGACGACAGUCAACGGAGUCGCUGCUAUGGGCGUCAUGGGUCUGGCUUUGCUAUUCGGCUACUAA